CAAACACUCCCUUUAAGCCCACCUAAACUCUGUAAGUUUGUAACGCUCUAAUCCUCUCUCCUUCUCGAUCUUUCUCACACACAUCUCUCUAUCUCUCUCUCUCUCUCUCUCAUAUAUAUUCCGUGUUUGACCAGCCAACCUUUUCCUUCGUCGGAGACUUAGGGUUUCGAUCUGCGCUCCUUUUUUUCCAGUUAUCCAAACAGACACCUUCCUCUUCAGCUCCCUUUUCCUCUAUUCUCAGAUUUACACCUUCGAUUCUGUUGUAAUUCCGAUUUUGCUGAAGAAGAUUUGAUCUUCCCUCAUUCUUCGAUUCAAAAUCAAUUUGAGGUUACCUUUGCUUCUUUCACUUCUCAAUUCUUUCUUUUUUUUCCUCUUUGACACUGAAAAUGGCGGGCCCCGAGAGUCCAGACGGUUCUUCGCCGCCGACGAGGUUUGGCAUCACAAAGCCAAUCUCCGUUGCCGGUCCCACCGAGACUGAUCUUAUACGCAAUAUAGAUUUGGAAAAGUUCUUGCUUGAUUCGGCGCUUUACGAGAGUGAGGAAGAAGGUGCGAGGAGAGAAGAGGUUCUGGCUCGCAUUGGUGAGAUUGUAAAAGGUUGGGUGAAGCAAUUAACCCGCCAGAGAGGCUACACAGAGCAGAUGGUGGAGGAUGCUAAUGCUGUCAUUUUUACUUUUGGUUCUUAUCGUUUGGGGGUACAUGGGCCAGGGGCUGACAUAGAUACAUUGUGUGUGGGGCCAUCUUAUGUAAAUCGAGAUGAAGAUUUUUUUAUAAUCUUGCAUAAUAUUCUGGCUGAAAUGGAAGAAGUUACUGAGCUUCAGCCAGUUCAGGAUGCUCAUGUCCCAGUAAUGAAAUUCAAGUUCCUGGGGAUAUCAAUUGAUCUUCUUUAUGCAAGCAUAUCUCUUUUGGUUGUUCCAGAAGACCUGGACAUAUCACAUGAGUCUGUGUUGUACAAUGUUGAUGAGCCAACCGUUCGAAGUCUUAACGGCUGCAGGGUUGCUGAUCAGAUUCUUAAACUUGUGCCAAAUGUUGAGCACUUUCGUACGACACUCAGAUGUUUAAAGUUUUGGGCUAAAAGGCGAGGUGUUUAUUCAAAUGUCACUGGAUUCCUAGGUGGUGUAAAUUGGGCUCUUUUAGUUGCUCGGGUAUGCCAGCUCUAUCCCAAUGCAAUUCCGAGUAUGCUGGUAUCUCGAUUCUUCAGAGUUUAUACACAGUGGCGUUGGCCAAACCCUGUGAUGUUAUGUUCAAUAGAAGAGAAUGAACUAGGGUUUCCUAUAUGGGAUCCUCGCAAAAACCCUAGGGAUCGACUUCAUCACAUGCCAAUUAUAACUCCUGCAUACCCUUGCAUGAAUUCUAGCUACAAUGUCUCAGCAAGUACUCUUCGUGUAAUGAUGGAACAAUUCCACCAUGGUAACAAGAUCUGUGAGGAGAUUGAGCUGAACAAAGCCCAGUGGAGUGCUCUGUUUGAUCCGUAUAUAUUUUUUGAGGCUUACAAAAACUAUUUGGAGGUGGACAUAAUUGCAGCUGAUGUUGAUGAUUUGCUAGCUUGGAAGGGAUGGGUGGAGUCUCGACUUAGACAGCUUACAUUAAAGAUAGAGCGGGACACAAAUGGGAUGCUGCAGUGCCAUCCUUAUCCAAAUGAAUAUGUAGACAUGUCCAAGCCAUGUCCGCAUUGUGCUUUCUUUUUGGGAUUGCAAAGGAAAGAGGGUGUUAGGGGUCAAGAAGGACAGCAAUUUGAUAUACGUGGAACAGUUGAUGAAUUUAGGCAAGAGAUAAAUAUGUAUAUGUUUUGGAAACCAGGGAUGGAUAUUUUUGUUUCUCAUGUUCGUCGAAAGCAGCUUCCCUCUUUUGUUUUCCCUGAUGGUUAUAAACGUUCUCGAUUGUCAAGGCACAUAAGCCAGCAGCCUGAAAGGCCUUGUGACAAUGCUGUGGGGUGCUUGUCUGGUUCUUCUGAAAGAGGUCUCAAGAGGAAAAAUGAUCCUGAAAUGGUGGAUCUGAAGCCUGACAAACCAGAGAAGCGAGUCUCUAUUAGUCCGCAACUACUGGAGUCAGUUUCUCCAGAAAGUAGUAGAGGUAGAUCUGGUGGAACUUCUCAAGUCAGCUUCAGUGAAUGGGUUAGAUUAGAGUGUUCAGUAACUGGGGAUGUAGAUAGCAAUGCUGAGAUUAGGUCAUCCAGCGGCCAGUUAGGGGGUGAAGAGGGUAUCAUAGGAAAUCAUGUGCAGAUGGGCGGAACGGUUGUUCAUGACUCUGUCACCCUAAGAGAGAAAAUUUUUGUAUGUAAAUCUAAUUUUCCAGAAGUUAGGAAUGAGGUAAUGCUAACUGAAGCAGUGGAGAAACCUUCACCCAGGAGGGAGUUGCUUGCUUCAUGUGAAGUACCUAAUUCUCUAGCUGAGGAAACAUGUCAGAGUGGACUGAAUGGGGACAAAGGUGGGAUGGCAUACAUGGAAAGUGUGGAGACGGGAUCUACUGGGAGACUGCUAAAUUGGACAGAGGGUGCUGUUGAUGCUGCUCAAGAAUUAGUCAAACCAUGUAAUCAGACAAUUGGUAAAGAAAAUGCUGAAAGCGUAUUCGAACCAAGUUGCAAUACUCAAAACCUCAGUUGCGAGGGUGAUGUAUGUGCGGCAGAUCUUGUUUCGCCUUUGGAAAAUGGGUGUUCCAAUGCAAGCGGAGUACUUCAAGACAGUUUGUCCGAAGACUUGGAGCCAAAUAUUGCACUUGGUGUUAUAACUUCUGAAGAUGGAGCUAGGUCAGAAUUUAUGAAAAAGCUAGUGAUAAGGCAUGUUUUUUGAAACUUAUUUUUUUUUAAUGCAAAUCAUUAUAUCUUUAUGCUGUCCUGUUUGUUGUGUAUGGCUCUUCUAUGGCAGGUUAAGGCUCAAGUCCAUGGUGUAAGGGUAUGGGAGGUGACUAUCACUAAACAUAGAUCAUUUCUACAAAAGGAGGGAGUGGGCAACUUGGUAAGUGCCACAUUAAUUGCUGGCUUCCAUUAGGAUUUUCCCAGGUGCACAUUGUGUGCCGUAUUGCGAGCUGAGAGCUGGGGCCAGCAACAAAGGCCUAUACAUUAGAUUUGGGUUAGCAUUAGAUUUUAGGUAUCACUUUUCUGUGCUAUGCUGCUGAAGCUGAGAGCAUUGAAGAAGGCUAUUAAUGUGUGAAGUUCAUUGGUGCUUUGAAGAGUAGUCUCUAUGUUCUACUUUUCCUAGUGGGUACGGAAUGGGAAGUUUCAUAUCCUUCUGUCGAUGAAAGAAUCUUUUGAACUGGGGCGCAAUGUUUCUUGACAAGAGGAAAUUGAGUGAUGGGGGUAUGCCUUAUCUCUUUUUAGGCAUUGUAAUACUUCAUUUACUGUUGUAGCCUGUUGGAUUGCUUCCUUGUAAUAGUUUCUCCAACGUUGUAGUUUUUAGGCUUGCUUCCUUGUAAUAAGUAGAAAGUUCUAUUAAACCAUGGUUUAUCUUGCAA